CUGAGAGCUAGAGGCUGGGCUACUGCUCCAUGACUAUAAUCCUGGGGAUAACAUGGGCUUUCCAACCUGGACCAGAUAACAUUUCCAUGGCUGGAGAAUAAAGGAGUCAACAAAAGGUGGAGAUCAUAGUGACCCGCAAAGAUGAGCAGUGAGGCCACCCCUGAGGCUGUGUCCUCUCCACCGCCCCAGGAGCAAAAAUAUUUUGACCGAUACACUGAAGACGACCCAGAAUAUCUGCGAGUCCGAAACAUGGCGGCUGAUCUCAGGCAAGACUUUAAUGUAAUGGAGCAGAAGAAGAGAGUGAGCAUGAUACUGCAGAGUCCAUCUUUCAGGGAAGAGCUGGAGAGUCUCAUCCAGGAACAGAUGAAGAAGGGAAACAACUCCUCUAAUAUCUGGGCUCUCAGGCAAAUUGCAGACUUCAUGGCCAGCACUGCUCCAUCCGUCUUCCCAACCUGUCCCGUCAGCUCCUCCAUGGUGUUGCCGAUCAACGAUAUUCACUGCAAUGACCCCAUCCCUCUGGCAAAAGGCGAGCGGCUUAUGAGAUGCAAACUCGCCAGUGUCUACAGACUUAUGGACCUUUAUGGCUGGGCUCAGCUUAGUGGUACCUUUGCCUCGAUAAGAGUGAAUAAAGAACAAGACCACUUCUUAAUCAGCCCACGUGGAAUAUCCUGUAAUGAGGUGACGGCAUCAAGUCUGGUGAAGGUUAACAUUCUGGGGGAGACGGUGGAACUGGGAAGUACCAGCUUUGAGGUUGCCUCUUGUGACUUUAGCCUGCACUCAGCCAUCUAUUCUGCACGACCUGACGUGAGGUGCAUCAUCCAGUUACACACAGCAGCCGCUACAGCUGUAUCAGCAAUGAAAUGUGGCCUCUUACCUAUUUCCCAUGAUGCCUUGCUAGCGGGGGAGGUGAUGUACUAUGAAUACAGUGGAGACAUGGAGGCAGAAGAUGACAGAAUUGAACUUCAGAAGUGUUUGGGACCCACAUGCAAGAUCCUCAUUCUGCAGAACCACGGGGUCGUUGCACUGGGGGAAACCGUGGAAGAGGCUUUCUAUAAAAUCUUCCACCUGCAGGCAGCCUGUGAAAUCCAGGUGUCCGCUGUGCCCAGUGCUGGGGGCCCGGAUAAUCUUAUCCUGCUGGACAGGGAGAAAUAUCGUCCCCAUGAAGUGGGAACAGUGGGCUGGGCUGGGAGCAAGUUUGGGCCAAUGCAGAAGAGCAGGCUGGGGGAACAUGAGUUUGAGGCACUAAUGAGAAUGAUGGAUAAUUUGGGUUACAGAACAGGUUACUCCUACCGCCACCCGUUUGUUCAGGAAAAGACAAGGCACAAGAGCGAAGUGGAGAUCCCAGCCACAGUAACUGCUUUCCUUUUUGAGGAGGAAGGCGUCCCCAUCUCCACCCUGCGGCAGCAUGCCCAGAAGCAGCAGAAGGAAAAGACCCGUUGGCUGAACACGCCAAACACUUACCUUCGGGUCAAUGUGGCUGAGGACAAUGUGGGCAGCCCUAGAAGCAAGACCACGUGGCUCAAAGCAGAUGAGGUGGUUAAACCCAGCAGUGGAAUAGCCAUCCGCAUUGAGAACUCAAAUCAGUUUGUGCCACUUUUCACUGACCCAAGAGAAGUCUUGGAGACAAGGAAUAAGGUAGAAUAAAGUUUUAGAUAAGAGAACAAAAUCGUCAGGAUUUUAAGUCUGCUGGGCCCCAGUCUCAGUUAUUAGCCAACGUGAUAACUGACAAAAGCAGAAGUCCGUCUGCAGACAGCCAAUUGGCUUCAAGAACUGAAGCAGAAAUGAAACAGGAGCCAUUAGAAGACGUUUCACCAGAACCUGAGCCCCCAAACCCUUUCAGCCAACUGACUGACCAAGAACUAGAAGAGUAUAAAAAAGAAGUAGAGAGAAAAAAACAUGUCCUUGAUGAUCCAAACGAGAGGGAACAGCCUGAAGAGGAUUCACAGCCAUCACUGGUGACCCCACCUACUUCUCCUGUCAGAAGUCCUACCAAGACCACAGUUCCUAUUGUUUCUCCUUCAAAGUCCUCAGAAGGAGCAGGGAGAAAGGAAGAAGUCACAGCACCUGCAGACUUAGGCACCACGGAGGAGAAAAUCCCACCGGCUGUGGUGUUGAAUGGAAAAGAAGAGGAUCAGUCUCCUCCUGAGGAAACACCACCCAAAGUCACAGAUACAGAAACUCCUAAAGGAAAAAGCGAGACAGUACCAAAUGCAUCCCCCGAAGGAUCUCCCACUAAGUCGCCUUCCAAAAAGAAAAAGAAAUUCCGCACCCCAUCCUUCCUAAAGAAAGGAAAGAAGAAAGAAAAAGAGAAA